AGCUCUUUCCCCAUUACCGCGAGCGCAUUUCAACACCGAUAGCUCCGGGGCAAAAUACGAAGCUGCACGUAUCGCCGAAUACGAUCCAGCGUAACCACCGAGCAUUUAAACCAGCUCGACAGAACGACCUAGCAUCCCCCCAUGGUCCACUUUAAUGGCAGCCACCAUCACUCUCAGAGCCCAAUGUCUCUGUCGUGCCCAGACCUUUACCGCCACCGUGCCCGUCAGCUCCCUCCCGCUGAAGGGCUCAUCCUGCCACUGCACCUCGUGCCGCCACGUCACGGGCGCCCUGCGCUCGUCCGACGCCGAAUGGCCCGGUCCGACGGGGGACAUCGUCGCGGCCGCCGCGGCUGCUGCUGCUGCCGCUUCUGCUGAUGCUUCUGGCGCGGGAGACGACGGGGAGGGGCCGGCGGCCGUCCUCAGGCGGUACGCGCACUCGCCGCGGUUCAACGUCCUGUUCUGCGGGCGCUGCGGGAGCGGAAUGUUCUUCGAGGAGUGGCAGAGCCCUCCCCCCGAGGAGGCGCGGUCGGCCCCCGAGAGGGCGACCUAUCUCGUCUUGACGGGCGUGCUGUCCGCGGAGGAGGCCGGGCCGGACGACGACGGCGGCGGGACCGCGGGUUCGGUGGUGCCGCCGCUGGUGAGGUUCGAGGAUCACAUUUUCGUGGGGGAUACGGUGGACGGCGGGGCGGCGUGCUGGCUGAGGGGGAUGAACGGAGAGGGGGAGCCGGUGACGAGGAUCUGGCUCGGGGGGCGCAACAAGAGCGAAGAAGUCCCGCCCGGGAGGUCGUGGCCUGCCGUCGAGAACCUGCCGCGGUACGAGGUGGAUCUGAAGGCGGCCGCCGAGGGGGAUAAGGGGGACGUGGUGCCCAUCCGGUGCCACUGCCGCGGGGUCGACCUGGUGCUCCGGGCGGGCGAGGCGCAGGGGGAGUUUGCGGAGAAGCAGGCGCGGGGCGAGGAGCUGCCGUUCUUCGUCGACCCGGUCACACACAAGUUUCUCGGCUCGCUGGACGGCUGCGACUCGUGCCGGAUCGCGUCCGGGUCCGAGGUGUACAACUGGACCUUCGCCUUGCUCAAGCACAUCUCCUUCGCGGGGGCUUCCUCCUCCUCCCAUGCCGGGUUCCCCGAGGACACGGCGCAAUUGUGGGCGGCUGUCAGCAAGAGAGACGGCGGCGGCUCCCGCGACCCGAGGUUCGGCACGAUCGCCGCGUACGCCAGCUCGCCCGACGUUCAGAGGUACUUUUGCGGCCGCUGCUCGGCCACCUCGUUCUACGCGACCGACGCCCGGCCCGAGAUGGUCGACGUGGCGGUCGGUCUGCUGGACUCUCCCGACGGCGCGAGGGCGGAGAGUGCCAUCUCGUGGAGCUUCGUGAAGAAGAUGGCUUGGAGGCAGGACAUGAUGGGCACCUGGAGGGAAGGGAUGCUGCGUGCGGUAGAGAAGGAGAUGGAGGAGUGGAGGAUCGAGAGGAAGUAUCCCAAGAGCUGGCGUCGGGUGGCCCAAGAACAGCAAGAGGGAAUGAGUAAUUAGGACAAGGGCGUUUAAGUUUAUCGACUCAAGUCAUGCCCUGGUGGAGUUAAUGGUUGAGCCUGGUAACUUUACACGGCAGGUAAUUAUAGAUUAAAAAACUCUGAGAAUCCAGGCGAUGUGUCACCAAUUUAAUCCGCGACAGCGGUUCA